AUGUCAACCUCACUCUACGCUCCAUUCCGAUCGCUUGGCCACGUGACGACCGAUGUUCCAUUUGUCAUUCAUUCUCAUUCUACUAAGGAUUCCGAUGUCCUUGGACCAACCAAAGCACAGACCAACUCUCAGGUGAUCUUAACGAGUGUCGGCUUAGGGUGGGCCCUUUGGAGCGCAGACAGCCUCAGACUGUUGUAUGUUGGGCCUCUCACUCCUACGCCGAUCACGUGGUUGAGUGUCCAUUCCUCAGGAUUAGUGCUGGCUUCAGCUGGAACCCAAAUAUACAUAUACAAGCGCACUCGUGUCGUCGGCAUACUGAAAACUUCAGACCAAAAAACUCAAUCUGAUCACCCAUCCGACGAUUCCGAUAGCGAAACUGACCUUGGACCUGAAUCCUGGAUAAACGGCUUCAAGAGAGGCGGCAGUCAAAACAGUGCGAUCCAAGAAUUCAUCUCGUUUGGCAAUCAAAUCGUCGGUCUAUCAUCAUGCGGGAAAACUCUCUGGGUUUGGAACCUUGACACCAAAGAACUCCACAUUACCAUCGAACUGCCCCCCACAUUCGGCUUGGCUACCACCCUAGUCCACCCCUCGACCUACUUGAACCGAAUCGUCGUAGCCUUUCAAGAGGGCCAGUUAGCAAUUUACAACAUUCAGACGGGUGCAUUAAUACAUAUCUUCCAACCAACUUUGUUCACCACUCCAUCAAAAGCCCGAUGCUCGAGUGCCAAGGUUCCGAUCACUCGUAUGGUUCAAGCCCCGGCCGUAGAUAUCAUUGCCGUGGGAUUUGCAGAUGGCUGGUGUAGUUUGGUCGAUGUCAAAUUCGGAGAAGAAAUUCUUGCAGUGAAGAUGGGGCAGUCGGAUGGGUCUAACCUCUCGACCAGCGGCGUUUUGGAUUCUAUCACCGGAAUUACUUUUCGAUCAGAAUCGGAUACUCAAGUAAUGAUCACCAGCUCAUCGCAAGGCCACUUGGUCAUAUGGAAUCUCAAUGAGGGCGGCCGAUUACUUCACAUCAUCCGGGAAGCGCACGACUCCGCUAUAUCCAACGUAUACUUCUUAUCUGGUCAGCCUGUAGUCGUCACGGCCAGCGGUGAUAACAGCAUCAAGAUGUGGCUGUUCGAAACCCCGACCGGGCUUCCUCGUCUGCUCACCCACAGAAGUGGUCAUCAACGCCCUCCUCAUUUAAUUCGUUAUUACGGAUCCAAUGGAAAAACAAUAUUGAGCGCGGGACGAGACAAAACCCUCAGAGCGAUCAGCAUUGUUCGAGACUCGCGAAGCUUCGAGCUUAGUCAAGGCUCUCUGACCAAGCAAGCCUCCCAACUUGCCGUACCCGUGUCGUCAUUGCGGCUGCCUCCUAUCACCAACAUGUCACACUCUAUCUCAAGGUCCAAAGAUUGGGACGAUCUUUUGACGUGCCAUGAAGGCUCUGCACAAGGACGGACCUGGUCAGUUCAGAACAAAAGGAUCGGAAAGCACUCGUUCUCGCUGAUCGAGAAGAAAUCGUUCCAGUUAGACCCGCAAGAAGAGAUCGCCAAAUGCGUAUGUGUAUCGGCAUGUGGAAACUACGGCCUGAUGGCUACUCGAGGUAGCGGGAAAGUGGGAAUGUGGAACAUGCAAAGUGGCAUGAAGCGGAGGGAAUUUGUUUUACCCGGAUCAUCUGGCAAGGGCAAGCAAAGCGACAUGAUACUAAACGUCAUUGGCAUUGCAACAGAUGCGCUAAACCAGCUAGUCAUAGUAGCUACUCGAUCAGGCCACCUCCACUUUUACGAUUUCAUUUCCGGCUCUAUGCGACAAACUGUCACUUUACCAAGUGGUGCCACUAGCAUACUGCUUCAAAGGGAUACCGGCAUGCUAGCAAUUAACUGUAGCGACCAUCGGAUUCGGAUAUUAGAUACCGAUACUUUGGAAGUCAUUCGUCAGUUGGAAGGCUUUACAAAACCAAUAUUGGAUAUGACAAUGACGACCGACUCUCGCUGGUUGGUUGCUACUUCUGCGGAUUCCGUCAUUCGCACGUUUGAUUUGCCAACAGGCGCGAUGAUCGAUGCGUUCAGGACAAACAGUGUCGCAACUUCUGUCACCUUCUCUCCCAGUGGAGACUUCUUGGCAUCUGCACACGAAGACAGCGUCGGUAUCUUCCUGUGGGUCAACAGAGCCCAAUUCUCUGGGUUUAGCUACAAGAGUCUACCGGAAAACUAUGAAAUCCCAUUGCUCGAUACACCAGUCAUGGAUGGCGUCGAGGACAAGCCGACUGAGGAGCUUGAAGCUUUGCUCGGACCAGAAGCCUGGGGCUCUGAUCCGAGCGCAGAUUCUCAAAAUGAAAUCAUCAGCUCAAAGCCCCUUGAAGAAGGACUAAUCACGCUAUCCUGCAUGCCCAAGUCGAAAUGGCAAACAUUACUGAACUUGGAAGUCAUAAAGGCUCGUAAUAAACCCACAGAGCCGCCCAAAGCGCCUGAGAGAGCUCCCUUUUUCCUCCCCACUGUGGCAGGUACUGAACCAAGGUUCAAUGUCGCAAGCAGCGUUCAGGAAAGCCUGAAUAGUCUCGCGCCACCAGCCGACCAAAACAAGAAGCGCAAGCUGGACCUUGGUGAUAGCAUCAAGGUAGAAGUAGAAUUCACAAAACGGCUGUCACAGUCUGAAGCUGAUGGUGAAUAUGAGGAGUUUUUCCAGUACCUUGGAAAUCUCUCCCCCUCCGCUCUAGACCUUGAGAUUCGUUCACUUUGCGAUAUUCAACACUUAUUGUCACUGAUGAAAGCAUUGGAGAUCCGCUUGAAAGAAGGAAAAGAUUUCGAAAUGGUCCAAGCGAUCUUGCGCGUCUUCUUGAAAGUUCACGGCCCGAGGUUGGCAGGAAACGAGGAAGCAUCGAUCUUUGGAUUACCCGAUCAGAACGACGACCAUCAAAAGUUUCUACCAGCAAUCAAUAACCUCUUAGUCGUGCAGGAAGAAGUUUGUGCUCAGCUAAAUCGACUCGUGGACUAUGGGAUCGGCGUCAGCGCAUUUGUUCGAGGAUUGACAGGCGUUGUUUGA